AUGACGCGGAAACUGCAGAAGGAGCUGGAGAUCGCGUGUACGGCCGUCCAGCACUGCGCCGUCCUCACCCAGCGACUCCAGAGGGAGACGGUCGGCCAGGACAGUCAGAUCAAGAAGAGCGACUUCUCGCCCGUUUCAAUAGGAGACUUUGCCUGCCAGGCCUUGCUCACCGCUGCCACCCAGAGUGCAUUCAGAGGCGACAAGUACCUCGCAGAAGAGUCGGCGGAUGACUUGCGCCAGAAUGCCUCGCUUCUCGAUCAGGUCUGGCAGCUGAUACAAGACGUGAAGCCGGCGUUUGCCUCCAGCAAUCUCGCCGUACCCGCUUCCAGGCAGGAAGUCUGCGAUCUGAUCGACCGGGGCGGCAAGAAUCAGAAGAGCGACGAGGGCAGGACGUGGGUCUUUGAUCCCAUCGAUGGGACUCAGACCUUCCUUCGCGGCCAGCAGUAUGCUCUCAACUGUGCAUUCAUGAUUGACGGCAAGGAGGAAAUCGGCAUCAUCGGCUGUCCCAACCUCCAGGUCGACUCCGAUACUGUCUCCGAAGAUGACGUUGACCACAAUGGCAUGGGUCUCAUGAUCUUCGCCGUCCGUGGAGAGGGCACUUGGAUGCGGCCGAUGCAGAGUGGUGGCACACUUUUGCCUGCAACGCGGUUGGAACGCCACGGCGACACGGCCACGCUCGAUAAGUUGGUGUGGUCGGACUGCUCUACUUACACAUCGACUAUUCUGCAUUUGCAUCAGCAAGUGGCAGCAAAGCUCAAUACGCCCUGGCCGGGCGUCGAUCUCUUCAGCUCGCUCAUGAAGUAUGCUGCUCUGGGUCUCGGACGCUGCCACAUCGUCAUGCGGAUAUUCAAGUACGCCAGCUGGAGAAGCAACAUGUGAGAACAUCAAACGCCACGCCUUGGAAGAGUUGAGGCUGACACUUCGCAGGUGGGAUCAUGCAGGCGGCGUGCUCAUUUUCGAAGAAGCUGGAGGCAAGGUCACGGACUUGAAUGGCAAGCCGAUCGACUUCACCCAAGGCAGGAAGAUGGCCGAAAGUAAGUCAUCCGAAGACCGACGCUGAAAACGGAUACUGAUGGUCCGACCAGACUAUGGACUCCUGUGCGCACCCUCGUCGGUGCAUGCCGAAGUACUCCAAAGCAUCCACGAGACUCUGCAAGCCUACGAGAAGUCGCAAGGACCAAUACCGUGGAGCAAGUAA